CUUCGAGCUGUGGACGUGCGUGCUGCUCCGCUCCCGGGGCGUUUAGUGUACCUUCUGAGAGCGGGGGCGAGCUUACCUGGUUCAGUCAUUGCCGGAGCUUGUUGCCUGGGUAACGAAGAGCUGUCGUUAGGCAGCCUUGGUGAUUUCAACUCUGUUGGCCUUGAUUUGGGAGCUGGAUGCUCCCCCAUUCCACAAAUGGUCCGAAACUGGGGGUUUGAGAAAGCGAUUGGGGUCACGUAUUCACCCCAGAGCUGACUUCUGGUAGUACGUUGAGGGCCGAGUGCCUUGCGACGUGGACGAGACCCAAUCGGGCAGGCAGUAGACACAGCAGUAGGAUCUCGUCCUGAAGAGCUGUUUCGUCCUUCCUUUCUACUCCAGGAGCUGCUUCUGAGUAAUUUCUGCUCAAUAUGUCGCCGGCUCCAGCUGCACCUCCGGUUCCUGCGUCCGUCUCUCUGUUUGACCUCAGUGCAGAUGCCCCGGUUCUUCAGGGCCUGAGCCUGGUGAGCCAUGCUCCCAGGGAACUUCUGGCCCGGGCUCUGCGUACUUCCUGUCCAGGGGAGAGAGCAAGUCCAGAAAAAAAACUACUCCAGGGUCCUCUGGAUAUUUCAGAGAAGUUGUUUUGUUCAUCCUGUGACCAGACCUUCCAGAACCACCAGGAACAGAGGGAACAUUAUAAGCUUGACUGGCAUCGGUUUAACCUAAAGCAACGUCUCAAGGACAAGCCUCUCCUGUCUGCCCUGGACUUUGAAAAGCAGAGCUCCAUAGGAGAUCUUUCCAGCAUCUCAGGAUCAGAAGACUCAGAUUCAGCUAGUGAGGAGGACUUGCAGACACUGGAUGAGGAGAAAGCUGAAUUUGAGAAGCCUAACCGACCCUGUGGUUUCUACCCCCAUCGGGUUCUCUUCCAAAAUGCCCAGGGCCAGUUUCUUUAUGCCUACCGCUGUGUCCUAGGCCCUCACCAGGUUUCCUCAGAAGAGGCAGAACUACUGGUACAGAACCUGCAAAGUGGAGGUCCCAGAUUCUGCGUGGUGCUCAUGGCUGCAGCUGGGCACUUUGCUGGUGCCAUUUUCCAAGGAAGAAAAGUGGUGACACACAAAACCUUUCACCGCUACACGGUGCGGGCCAAGCGGGGCACAGCCCAGGGGCUUCAGGAUGCCCAGUGUGGGGCAUCACACUCUGCCGGAGCCAGCUUGAGGCGCUACAAUGAAGUCACACUAUAUAAGGGUGUACGUGACCUGCUGGCAGGGCCAGUCUGGGCUAAGGCAUUGGGGGAGGCUGAGACAGUACUGCUGCGUGCUCCCCGCUCUGGCCGGUCCUUGUUCUUUGGAGGCCAUGGAGCACCCCUGCAAAGGAAGGAUCCCCGACUUUGGGAUAUCCCCCUCACCACCCGCAGACCCACCUUCCAAGAGCUACAGCGUGUGCUCCACAAGCUGACCACCAUGCAUGUCUACGGAGAAGACCCUCGGGAGACAGUCAGAUUGCACUUACCUCAGACACACUGGAAGACAGCGAGAGAAGAGAGGAAGAAGGCUACUGAGGAAGAAAAAAGAAAGGUCUCCAGUGAUGAAAAUGAGGCACUAGGGCAGAAUGAGGAAUCUUCCAAACAGGGUUCAGGGUCAGAGAGAGAGGAUGGCUUCCAGGUAGAGCUGGAACUAAUGGAGUUGACACUGGGGAUCACGGAUCUUUGUGAGUCUGAGCAACCUUCAGAAGAUGAACCCUGCUCACAGUCAGUCCAGGCAGCUGCAGCCUCCUCGGGCCCUUCACUGGAUGAGGCCAAAGCCCCUGAUCAGCCAGAGCUCUGGGGUGUGCUUCUAGCUGCUUGCCGAGCUGGAGAUGUUGGAAUGCUGAAGCACCAGCUAGCUGCCAGCCCUGUAGACCCUGGAGUUUUGUCUCUGCUCAGUGCCCCCUUGGGCUUCAGUGGCUUUACUCUCCUGCAUGCAGCCGCUGCAGCUGGAAGAGGCUCAGUGGUUCGUCUGCUGCUGGAGGCAGGUGCUGACCCCACUGUGCGGGACUUCCGGGCCCAGCCACCUUACACUGUUGCAGUUGACAAAUCAACGCGCAAUGAGUUCCGAAGGUUCAUGGAGAAGAAUCCAGAUGCGUAUGAUUACAACAAGGCUCAGGUGCCAGGGCCACUAACACCAGAAAUGGAGGCACGGCAGGCUGCACGGAAAAGGGAGCAGAAGGCAGCCCGGCGGCAACGGGAGGCACAGCAGCGGAAGCAGCGGGAGCAGGAGGAGCAGGAGCAAGAUGAACAGCGGCGAUUUGCCGCCCUCAGCGACAGAGAGAAGAGAGCUCUGGCUGCAGAGCGCCGAGUCGUUGCCCAGUUGGGAGCCCCUAUGCCUCCGACCCCUGACUCAGCAAUCAUCAAUGCUCGACGCUGCUGGAGUUGUGGGGCAUCCCUCCAAGGCCUCAUUCCCUUUCACUACCUUGACUUCUCUUUCUGCUCCACAUGCUGCCUCCAAGAUCAUCGCUGUCGGGCAGGGAGGUCCUCUUCCUGAUCUCUUACAGCUCCACCUGGGGCCAACUCUAGGCCCUGAGAGGGCAUAUUCAGACCAGUCCUAGGUUUCUUCUUCCCCAUGAAACCAGAGAAUAUUUGGAAGAUUAUGUUGAGGGCCACUCAGGAACCAGGACAAAAACAGGGCCACAGAGGUGUGGGGAACUGGUUCUGUCUUUGGAACUUUAAUCGCAAUAAAGUUUGGCAAGGGAA